AUGAAUAUCGUUACAACAACAUCUCACCCAACAUCACUAUCAACUCUUGCUGAACUUGCGAAUCGCGAUUAUCAAAAUGGAAAUUAUGAACAAGCUGAACAACAUUGUCUCCAACUUUAUCGUCAAGAAUCGGAUAAUACAAGUUUACUAUUAUUAUUAAGUUCGAUUUAUUUUCAAAUGAAAAGAUAUGAUCAGUCAAUGUCAUUCAGUUUGCUUGCAACAAAAUUGAAUCCACGUUUAGCUGAAGCAUAUUCAAAUCUUGGUAAUGUUUACAAGGAAAAAGGAAUGUUAAAGGAAGCACUGGAACAUUAUAGGAAAGCAUUAGCUAUCAAACCUGAUUUUACUGACGGUUAUAUUAAUUAUUCAGCAGCACUCAUUUCUAAUGGAGAUAUGGAAGGCGCUGUGAAUGCCUAUGCGAGAGCACUACAAUAUAAUCCAGAUUUAUAUGGUGUUCGUAAUGAUCUUGGAAAUUUAUUAAAAGCUCUUGGACAUCUUGAAGAAGCAAAAGCAUGUUAUCUCAAAGCUAUCGAAAUACAGCCAAAUUUUGCUGUAGCUUGGAGUAAUCUUGGAUGUAUAUUUAAUUGUCAAGGAGAAACGUGGCUUGCUAUACAUCAUUUUGAAAAGGCUGUCGCAUUAGAUCCUAAUUUUCUUGAUGCUCAUAUCAACUUGGGAAAUGUAUUGAAAGAAGCGAGAAUAUAUGAUCGAGCUAUUAUGGCAUAUUUACGUGCGUUAAAUAUAGCUCCAAAUCAUCCAAUUAUUCAUGGUAAUUUGGCAUGUGUUUAUUAUGAACAAGGAUUUAUUGAUCUAGCAAUUGAAACAUAUAGACGUGCUAUUGAAAUUCAACCGAAUUUUCCCGAUGCAUAUUGUAAUCUGGCGAAUGCAUUGAAAGUACAAGGAAAAGUUUCUGAUGCUGAAGAAUGUUACAAUACAGCAUUACGUUUAUGUCCAACUCAUGCCGAUUCAUUAAAUAAUUUGGCUAAUAUUCGUCGUGAACAGGGUCAUGCUGAAGAUGCUAUUUUAUUAUACAAACGUGCUCUUGACGUGUUACCAGAAUUUGCUGCGGCUCAUUCAAAUUUGGCAUCGGUAUUACAGCAGCAAGGACGUCUUCAAGAUGCAUUACAACAUUAUAAAAACGCUAUCAGUAUACAGCCAACAUUUGCUGAUGCAUAUUCAAAUAUGGGCAAUACAUUGAAGGAAAUUGGUGACAUACAAAGUGCACUGCAAUGUUAUGCACGAGCAAUACAUAUCAAUCCUGCAUUUGCCGAUGCCCACAGCAAUCUGGCAUCGAUCCAUAAAGAUACAGGCAAUAUACCAGAUGCAAUAAAAUCAUAUAAAACAGCGUUGAAAUUAAAACCAGAUUUCCCGGAUGCUUAUUGUAAUUUAGCACAUUGUUUACAGAUUAUUUGUGACUGGACAGAUUAUGAUGCAAGAUUGAAGAAGAUUGCUGCUAUAGUGCAAGAACAGUUAGAUAAAAGUCGAUUGCCGAGCGUUCAUCCACAUCACAGUAUGCUAUAUCCAUUAACUGCAGAACAAAGACGAGGCAUAGCAGCACGACACGCAGUACUUUGUCUUGAAAGAAUUCAACUAUUGCAGAAAAAAUCUUUUGUAUACCCAAAAGAUCUCAAAUCAAGCUCUGGUCGAUUACGAAUAGGUUAUGUUAGUUCUGAUUUUUGUAAUCAUCCAACAGCUCAUCUCAUGCAAAGUAUUCCUGGUUUACAUGAUCGUACGAAGGUAGAAAUAUUUUGUUAUUCGUUAAGUCCAGAUGAUGGUACUGCAUUUCGUGCAAAAAUUCAACGUGGAGCUGAACAUUUUAUUGAUCUGUCAUCUGUUACAUGUAAUGGUCAAGCUGCUGAUCGUAUAUAUUCGGAUGGUAUUCAUAUUUUGGUAAAUUUAAACGGAUAUACAAGAGGUGCUAGAAAUGAACUUUUUGCGUUAAAACCAGCACCCAUCCAAGUUAUGUGGUUAGGAUAUCCGAAUACAAGUGGUGCAUCAUUUAUGGACUAUAUUAUAACAGACGCUGUUACAUCACCGAUGGAUUUAAGUGAACAAUAUACAGAAAAAUUAGCUUAUAUGCCGAAUACUUUUUUUAUUGGAGAUCAUAAACAUAUGUUUGUACAUAUGAUAGAAAAAGUGAUAGUCGAAGAUAAAAGUAAAAGAUCAGAUGGAGCUGAUAAUCGAUUGAUUGUGAAUGCAGCUGAUUUAAAACCAAUAUUAGAGAGAAGUGAUGUGAAGAAACUGGCUAUUAAAGUUUCUGAUAUUGGAAUAAAUUCUAAAAAUGAUCAUAACAUAAAAGAAGUCAUAACACCAAUUGUUGAAUUACCCCAAGCGACUGCUGUACAUCAUUUAUUAGCGCAAGGUCAUUGUGAAGUUAGUAUCAACGGUAUUGUAGCACAAAAUGGAACAACAACACUACAGACAAGUGGUCGUGCGGCGACAGGAGAAGAAGUGCCACAAACAGUGUUGUUAACAACUCGUACACAAUAUGGUUUACCAGAAGAUGCUAUUGUUUAUUGUAAUUUUAAUCAAUUAUACAAAAUAGAUCCAAAAACAAUGACUUGUUGGUGUAAUAUUCUUAGACGAGUGCCAAAUAGUGUGCUUUGGCUGCUACGUUUUCCAGCAGCGGGUGAAGAAAAUAUAGUGAAAUUCGCUCUUUUGAAUGGUAUUGAUACAUCAAAAUUAAUAUUCUCGAACGUAGCACCAAAAGAAGAACAUGUUCGUCGUGGGCAACUAGCCGAUAUAUGUCUUGAUACUCCGUUAUGCAAUGGACAUACAACAGGAAUGGACGUUCUUUGGGCUGGCACUCCAAUGAUAUCACUUCCACUUGAAACAUUAGCAUCACGUGUUGGUGCAUCAUUAUUAUAUACAUUAGGAUGUCCAGAAUUAGUUGCAAAUACCUAUGAUGAAUAUGAAAAUAUUGCUGUAAAUUUAGGAAAAGAUCGUACUUAUUUACAAUCUAUACGUGCUAAAGUAUGGUCAAGACGAUUAACAACUCCGUUAUUUGACACAGCAUUGUAUACAAAACAUUUGGAACAACUUUUUUGGGAAAUGUGGCAACGUUAUGAAAAAAAUUUAUCACCAGAUCAUAUUGUCAACGUUAGCUAG